ACAUCAUCAAUAGUAACUUUAUGAACGCAUUGGCUGCAAUAACACUUGCUCCAAAAGUAUUGAAUUUUGUUUGUCCUGAGCAAUCGUUCUCAGAGAACUACAAGGGUAUCUUUCGAUUUCGAUUCUGGAGAUUUGGUAAAUGGAACGAGGUCGUCAUUGAUGAUCGACUACCAACAUUGGAUGGAAAACUUCUGUUCAGUCGCUCUCUGUCCAAAGAUGAAUUUUGGGUUUCCCUUAUGGAAAAAGCACUGGCAAAGCUUCUAUCAAAGUAUGAAGCAAUGGACUGUACAUACGAUGUAUCCGAAGCAUUGUUAGACCUAUCUGGAGGUGCUGUAGAAACAAUCCGCUUGGGUGAACUUACAGAAGACAGGCUUCGUUCAAAGUUGAAGAUGUUCCGAAAAACAGGUUCACUUGUGACGGCAACCUUAGCCAGGGGACUUGCGGAUGCAUGUGGUCUUGAUAAAUACGAUUCCUUGUUUAUUAUAUCAGGAAGUGUUAGAAAGGUUAUGUAUGAUAACAAUGGUGUGAUGACUCCAUCGAAUAUAAUCCGUGUCCUAAACACCGGUCGCUGCGAAUGGACUGGACCCUGGGGUGACCAGUCAAAGGAAAUGAUGUCUCUGAGUGAAGAAGUCAAGAAAGAGUUUAGAAUAACUAGUCAAAUUGACGGAGAUUUUUGGAUGGACAUCAACGAUUUCUUAAAAAGAUUUAAUGUGCUGAAGGUUCUCCAUAUUCCACCCGAACUAUCAGGAAAGGAGGCAACAUGGAACGUGACUGAACACUUCAAUAAAUGGCAGAAGGGGACCACCGCAAUGGGAUGCUUUACAAAGAAUAAGGAAGGUUUUCAUAAAAAUCCACAAUAUAACAUCAAAGUUGAUGACGAUGGCGAUUUGGUGGUCGCUUCUCUGAUGGCAGUUGGAAAACGCAGAGAAGAAACAUCAUGGGAAGGCAAUUACCUUGGCCUCGAUGUGUACAAGUAUGAAGAUGGGGCUACAAUCGACAGUGAUUUUUUGACCAACAAUUUUCCACUACAUACAUUUGAACAUAGACGAGGCCUACGUGAGGUAACUUUAAGCAUGGCUCUUGAUCCUGGUAACUACGUCAUCAUUCCUUCGACAUACGAGCCAGGUAACGAGCUACAAUUCUUGCUACGUUUCUUCAGCGGAUAUUCUUCACAGACUGAAUCAGCGAAUCCAAAAUCUGUGUACACUUACAAACUUACAGGAGAUCUUGAGCUUGAUUGGACAAUGGAACCAAUAAUUAAAAGUUUCUUUGAAGAGCAUGCUGGGGAGGACGAGCUGAUGGACAACUGUGAGCUAGAUGCUUUCUUCAAAACAUUGAAAGAAAACGACCAGCUUCUUUGUGACAUUUCCCAAGAGACAUCGGCAGCCAUUUCCGCUCUUUUUGACGAAGACGAUUCAAGGAAACUCUGUAUAGAUGAAGUUUGCAAUAUAGGGGCCUUAGUUCAUUAUAGCAAAGUGAUGUUCAGAAAAGCGGAUAAAGACAGAAGUGAGUGUCUGAAUGCCAGUGAGUUGAGGGACGCAUUGUAUCGGGCAGGUAACCAGUCGUUUUAUUUACAAAUUCAGUAG